CUGGGGCUUCUCACUUUUCCUCAUUGACUGAUGCUGACAGGACCAUACAGUCAGACUUUGUUUGAUCUUGGUGAAAAACAAAUGACUGUGAUUGGCAGACACAGAGGUGGCCUCUAUCGUAUCGAUAGUUACAGUACCUAUAGCGAGUAACUUUGAUAUAUAGGACACAAAAAGGACUUCGCCAGUGACCUGAAGCGGAAUAAAACUGCUUUGUUUUGGUUUGCCAAAUGCGGAAGUGAAAUUUAUUACAUUUUAACGUGAUAACAUUUUACAUUAUAACGUGAAACCUAUCACGUUAUAACGUGAAACUUAUCACGUUUAUAAUGUAAUACUGAACCUUUUUUAUUUUUUUCUGGUGUGGGAGCAAAACGCUUCCGGAUGAUUAUGAUAUGCCAUAGCAAGAAAUUAAUCUCAGCGAUGACAUUUUCUAUCUAUGCUGUUCUGAGAUAGUUGUUGUUAGCUUGCUCAAAUAUAACGUUAGAGGAGAGUAACAUGUUUUAUAUCUAUUUCUAUCGGCUAAGAUUAGCUGCUUGUUGUUAGCUAUCUACAUACAGCAUUAGCACUAUUUAUUACUUUUAUUUUUACUUUUACUACACAGUAUAUUGUUUUAGUAUAAUAAAGGUUACGAAGCUAAUGUCAGCAAAUAGAUAAGACUAUAUUACAUAACCUGGUAGUCACAUGAAGGAUGACUCAUGCAGUUUGAAACCAGGAGCUACAGGAUGACGUCGCAUUUCUACCAAGCCUGCCCUACACCUUUCUCCUGCCGGAAGGGCUCCUCCGCUAAUGACCUCUUGAGAAGGAAGUACUACGUCCUGUUUUGCCGAAUGCGGAAGUAGGUUGCGUAUAAACCCUGAUUGAAUUCAAUUGGAGCCGAUGGUAUCGUUAUUUAUUUAUUUUUAAAAUAUCUUACACGUCGUUUUCAUAUACACAAAAGAGUGCAUUGUCAAAUGUUUUCUCAUAGUUCGUGUCGCUUGCGGAACGUCUUUUCCUUCGUAGUUAACAACAACCUUAAAAGAGGACGGCGGAGGACAAUCUCAGGACACACUAAUGCAAAGCAUACGAACAUUUCAGUGACGCAACCGAGCCGCCUCUUCCACAAAGAAAUGGGAGAGUUGUACGAAAUCCAUUCUGUUCAAAUGUAUCUCCGGCAACUCAUGGAGAAUCACAAAGCUCUCGGCCAGAAGUUGCACCUUGCCAACCUGAGCGAAGCUGACAGGAAAGUAAUGGUGAAGAAACACACUGAGCUGCAGCCUUUGGCAAACGUUUUUAACAAUGUUGAGCAGGCGCUGAAAGAUCUUGACGAAGUGCAGUCCAUUUUGAAUUCACCAGCGGGUUCUAAAGAUGAAGUUGAACAGUUUGCUCAGCUGCUAAAGGAAGAGGAAGCACUUAUCUCAGACAGGGUUUCAGUCUUAAAGAAAGAGUUAAUCAAAGCUCUAUUGCCGACUGACCCUCUGGACUCUAGUAACAUUCUGCUGGAGGUUGUUUCAGGACGAACAACGGGAGGUGAUAUAUGUCAGCAAUUCACCAGAGAAAUGUUUGACAUGUAUCAGGGUUUUGCUGCUUACAAGAACUGGGAUUUUGAGAUGUUGAACUACACUCCUGCCGAAUAUGGUGGUUUGCAUCACGCGGCUGUGCGGCUAGCUGGGGAGAACGUGUACAGACAUCUAAAGCAUGAGGGGGGGACACACCGGGUGCAGAGAAUUCCCGAGGUGGGCCUGUCCUCCAGGAUGCAGCGCAUCCACACUGGAACCAUGACUGUGAUCAUCCUGCCUCAGCCUGUUGAGGUGGCUGUCAGCAUCGACCCUAAAGAACUGCGUGUUGACACAUUCAGAUCUCGAGGUGCUGGGGGUCAAAGUGUCAAUACAACCGAUAGCGCUGUGCGCAUUGUUCACCUUCCCUCAGGUAUUACAGCAGAAUGUCAACAGAGCCGCUCUCAAUUGCAAAACAGAGAAACUGCCAUUCGCAUGCUGAAGGCCCGCCUCUACCAGAGCAUGAUGGGUAAAGAGACCGAGCAGAAGCAUUUGGCUCGUAAGCAGCAGCCGUGUCUGUUCGUGUCAGGUGGGAACACGCUCGCAGUCAGAAAGGAUUCGCACCUACAACUUCAGCCAGGAUCGGGUCACAGACCACCGCAUUGGCUACAUUUGCAGAGAUAUUAAGGAGUUCAUGCGAGGAGGAGAGGCGCUUGAUGAUCUCAUCACGGUCGUGCUUGAACACGCAGAAAGGGAGGCUCUUCUGGACCUGGUGGAGAACAGCAGAAUAAGUUUGUACUCUUCUGCAGACUGACACACGCCACAGC